GGGCUGAGAAUGCUAAGCAACCAGAUGCCGUGUAAACAAUCACUUAAAAAGUCUGAACUCGAGCCAUAAUAAUCCGCCAUAAGAACUUCCCAGAAUGACAACCAGUGUCGCAGAAGCUAGUACCGUGGUUGGUGACCGCGACGUCGGCUUCGGGAACGACUUCCACAAACCUGGAGGAGUCUCUCCCCUUUCUCAUAAAUCGAUCGGAAAGCGCAAGCCUCCGUCAUCAAGCGAUUUCGUUACCUCGUACUACGCCCUCGAAGACAGGCCUUUCUUCGUCCCAAUUGGCAAAGACGGUGUCAUUGCCGCACUCCAGAAACUAGACAAACAGCUGAAACAGUCAGGUAGAAACAGGCUGUUGUCCAAGAAGACUCCUAUUACGUGGACGGGAUCCGAACUCACUCCCGGAAAACUUGGCUUGAUAAAUCAUGGUGGCUCUCCUAAGAUCCUAACUCGACCCGGUAGAUAUCCAGGAUUUCCACUUCGUAAUUGGUGGGCACGCAAAUGGUGUGGGACUAAAGGAGUAUCGGACACUGUCAUCGAAUUCCUCGGCCUCACGGUUGUUCAAGUGUCCCAGAAUCAAGCCGCUGUCAUUUCCGAUCCUCAGAACCAGAUUUUUGUUAUCCGCAACGCUGGUUUCGUCGCGUUCGCUGUUGAAGGAACUUACGACGUUCUUUCAAUUGUUGACCAGACGCACUUACCUACUACAGUGAAGGACAGAGUGACUGGCUCUGUAUUGGGCUCGACUCACGAAGUCCGGAUGAAGAGCAAAGUGAAUGCCAGAGAAGAUCGUGAACAUGUCGUGGCCCUCUUUUUGAAUAUGCCCGCCAACAAUUGUGCGAUUCUGCAGCGGGGAGAUGAUCUAGAGCUCCUAGGAGCUGGGCAAUCCGUCAUCACUCACCCGAGCGUGACGCUUCGUGGUCUUUAUACGUUGGGUGAAAAUCAGCUGGAGAUGCCAACGAAGGACAUCUUCACUCGGGAUCAAGUACCAGUCAGCCUGACUAUCUACCUCAAAUGGCAAUUAGAGGAACCUCUCAAACUAGCCUUACAUGGGUAUAUGACUCCUUACGAUGCCCUUCGUGACAAGACCCAGUCUAUUCUCACUCAAAUUGUUGCCCAUUUGGAUUACUCGGCAAUGGUGAAGCAACGUUCCCUUGGCCCUGACAACAUGGAAGAUGGAAAUGACCCUUCUUCUGCCUUUCUUGACGCCCUUAGAACGCGAGCAAUGGACGAGAUGCACGAGGCUGCUUUGGAAUAUGGCAUAGUGUUGAAGGACCUUGCUGUUAUUGACCGACAAUUCAAGGGUGAAAUUGCUUCAACCAUGGAUAAGCUCACUACUCGUGCCCUUCAAGCGCAAGUAGAAGCUGCGAACGUCGACCGAGAAAAUAGCAACAAAGUCAAGCAAGAAGAAGGAGCAUUAUCGGUUGCCCGUAUCAGUGCGCAAGCAAGGAAUACCCAGGCCGAUGCGGAAGCCUACAGUAUUGUUGCUGCAGCGAAAGCUGGAGCGCAACGAGUCAAGAUUGAGGCCGAGGCACAGGCCGAAGCCACCAAACUUGGGGCCCAAGCCGAAGCCGAGGCCAUUCGUAUUAAAGCUACGGCAGACGGACAAGUGGUCGAUCAGUUUGCCCGGGAAAUGCAGCUGCGUAGACUGGAUGUCCGCAAAGUGCAAGCCUAUGGUUCCAAAACCAUCUUCGUUCCUACAGAAGGAACUGGCUCACAAAUGGGGCAAACCCUAGCUUUGGGAAUGGCAGCGGGUAUGGGGUCGAAAGCUUCAGGCUAAGGAACGCCAACAGCGACCUAGGGGUCGAAGGGAUGUAAAGCAUAUCUAAUAUCUAAUAGUUGUUUCUGUAGUAUGCGCACAAUUCAUGCGAAUGUUACUCCUUGCUUGGUCUGAAGUGGACAUAAUUGUCGCUCGCAGGCUCGGCGC